CAUACCGAUAUCUUCUUGAAAAAGCAACCUACCAAAAUCUAAGAAUGGCCUGGUUAACACUGCUCAUCAAAAGUGGAAUAGUUCUGGUGUUGUUCUCAUUAACUUGUAGCGACGGAUAUGAAAAUUUAGCGUUACGGAGACCUGCAUGGGAACAGCAUCCAUGGCCAUAUACAGAUAAGGACUAUGGAAGUCAUAAUGCGGUGGAUGGAGAUUACUCUGAUCGUUCUGCAGCGGGAGGUCAAUGUUCGAUAUCGGCUGACAACAAUUACACGGAGGCAACUUGGGGGGUCGACUUGGGGGAGGUGGUCAGCAUCAGCCAUAUCGAUAUUUUCUACAGGACAGAUAAUGAGAAAAGACCAACAUCAUUCACAUCUCGGAUGGCAGGGUUUUCCUUGUAUGUUUCAAAUACAACCUCAAAGGACGACGGUCAUCUUUGUUUUCAUGAAAUACAAAAUGCUGUUGGCACGCCAUCAGAGGACCACCGAGUUCAAUGUCAAUUUUAUGCACGUUACGUCAUUUAUUACAACGAGCGCAGACCGGAGGUUGUUUAUCCGAGCUAUUACUCAGAGUUUGCGUACAGUGAUUUGUGCGAGGUUGAAGUUUAUGGUUGUAGAAAACCCGGAUAUUUUGGCAAUGAUUGCAAUUUAAUGUGUCCAGUCAACUGCCAGGAGAAGAGGUGUAAUAUCAAGUCAGGAUACUGUCUCGGUUGCCUUCCAGGAUACAAGGAUCAGAGCUGUAAACACAUCUGUGACAAGAUGACCUACGGAUUGGAAUGUGCUUUUAACUGCAGUAGAUGCAGGGACGGAACAUCGUGCCAUCAUGUAAACGGAACAUGCAUUCAUGGCUGUGAUAAUGGCUUAAAUGGUGACAUGUGCCAAAAAGAAUGCCUCUUGGGGUAUUACGGCCAAAAUUGUUUGCAACAAUGUAGUAAAAAUUGUUACGUUACCUCAAGAUGUGACCGAGUAACUGGGCAGUGCGACCGUGGAUGUAAAUCAGGUUGGACGACAAUCACUUGUGAUCAAAAGUGCGAUAUUGGUUAUUUUGGACCAGACUGCAAGUACAAGUGUGGUCAUUGUUUAAAUACCAGCUAUUGUCAUCACAUCAAUGGAAGCUGUUUGAACGGAUGCUCGCAAGGGUUUAAAGGAGAUGAUUGCAAAGAAGUGUGUCCGCAUGGUUAUUUCGGAAUAGAUUGUGUACACAAAUGCAGCACUUACUGUAGUGGAAAUGGAUCCUGCAGCCCCUUAACGGGAGUUUGUGAUAACGGCUGUAGGGUCGGAUGGAUGGGUUCAAAAUGUGGAACACCUAUUAAUACAGGUGUAACGCUGCGACCUAGUUAA